CCCCAAACUGCUCUCGUGUGGCGUGGGAUUGCUACAGAUGAUCAACUGAAGCAGCUCAAGGCAAUGUUGGCCGAGAAAGACGAGGAGCUCGAAUCAAUGCGCAAGGAGCUGCGCCGUUCUGAGGACAAGGUCGAAUCGCUGACGCUCGAGAACCAGCGACUCCAAGAACAAGUCAACGAAUGGAAAGCAAAGUCGCGAAUCCCAAACACCAAGCCGCUUGAGCAUCCCACCAAAUCACGCCCGCAUCCUCGCUCCAAAGCCAGCAGCUCCAAAUCCGAGAUCAUCACCGACUCUACUGCAACUGAGGACACGGCGACAUCACCCCAUCAUCAAAAUCUGGCCGAGUCCCAUUCCGCGGCCCCGCCCCAACCCACGCCUGCGCCUUCAACUGCAUCAGCAUCCCAGCCAUCCGAGCCGGUCGACAUUAAAAAGAAGAUCGCGCUCAUGGGAGGCGUGAAUCCGUUUGCUGGCUUCAAGCCUCCUGGACCCAUUGCAACCAACCAUACCGCUUCCUCUACCGCCGCCUCCGCCGUCGCCUCCGCCGUUCGAUCCUCGACGGCCUCAACUGCCUCGAUUGGCAGCCCUGCGAGCAACACUUCAGGCACUCCCGGGACCGGUGGGCUUCCGGGCAGUGGGCACCCCGCCCCAAUAUUAGCCGCGGCAAAUCGUCCGCCGCUGUCAUCGAGCAACUCCAGCGCAUCGAUCCAGGUGUGUGACAAGUGGAACGAGGACGAGCUGCGUGAGUGGAUCGGGGCCAAGAUCAAGGAGACAUUGCCCGCGGGAAAGCCGUGGUCCGAGCUGCUCAAAGACGGCCAGGUGUUGUGCAAACUGGCAAAUGGGGUGUGUCCUGGCUCACAGAUCCGGAUCAAUGCCGGCAAGUUCAAGAUGAUGCACGUCGAAAACAUCAACGGCUAUCUCAAGGAGGUUGAGUCCUUCGGGCUCCCAAAGCAGGCCAUGUUCACGGCUACAGACCUCUACGAGGACCAAGACAUGACCAAGGUAUUUCCGAAUCUGGCCACCCUGAAGAAGCUCUGCGAGUCCAAGAAGCGCUGAGUGCGGCAUUGUAAUGUGUGUGGUCGUGGUUUAUGCAUGUGCAUGUGCGUGUGCGUGUGCGUCCGGCGAGUGGGAGUAUCGAUGAGCCUGAGAGAGCACACUCGUGGACGAAGAACCGUGUGAGACUCAACCUAGUCAAGACCGGAGGAAAGGACGGAUGCUCUUGAAGGAGCAGGCUUGUAUUUCAGUCGUCGCAUGGAUGGCCCAUUGAAUUCAAAACAAGCACACUCGGGACGGGCGUUGCUGUGACAGACAUGGACUGGCUCCAAGGGCUGCACAAAUGCGCUUGCAGCGCCAACAAAAGCAAAUCACAUUGUUCUGUCUUGGAUCGCACCGGCUGAGAGAGAGAGAGCAUUCAUCGCUGCCAUAAUGCAUAUCGUAAAUACCAUCCAACAGCUGCGGUGACCAUGUCUUUCGAG